GGCGUCCCGGGAGGCACCCGGCGCUCUAUGGGGGGCGGUGGGGGCGCGGAGACGGGACGGCGGGGUGCGGGGCUGUGCCUCCGCCGUGCGUGAACACGGAGGAUAAGGAGAAUUUCCGUCUCGUGGCCGCGGCGGCGCUCGGAGACGCGCACGGUGGUACCGGGACCGGAGCGGAACCCCUCCCCCGGUCCGCAGCUCCGCGCCGCCUCCAGCACGGCCGCGCUCCUCCCCCCCCCCGUCCCCGUCUUCCCGUCUCUCCCCACGUUCCGGGCACGGCGCCGCGUCCCAGCGCUGCCCGCCCCCGGGCGGGGCGGAGAAAACGGUUGCGGGGACGGAACCGAAAGCGAAAGGAUCAGCAGCCAUUUUACGGGGUACCUCGGGACCGGCACCGCCUCCGGCGAUUCGGUUUGGGCGUCCGGACGCGGAGCGGAGCGCAGCAGGUUAUCUACUGAGAAGAGGAGAGAAUCGCUGUUCCUGGUGUGCAGGCAGCCUGGACACAAACGUGUGCUCAAGCAGUGCGCUAUGAGCAGAGGCACUGCUCGAGGCAAAGGCUCACAUCUCACCCGAGCGAGGCAUAACUGCACCAACACUCACCCAGCUUUCUUCAACUGCCCCCAUCCCUCGCAGAAAACAAACUGGGAAUCCUCUUGGCACCUGGCAGAGCAGGAUGGUGAUGUCUGCUUAAUUCAGAAACCGCAGUCGUACAGCAAGCUGCGUGCUGGAGGAUGGCAGGCUGCUGCUCCUGCAGGGAGAGGGCAGGGCGGCCGUGGCAAAGCAGGAUGGCAUAGGUUCUCCAGCAAGCAGCAGCAGGUAGAAACACCCCCACAUCGUCCCCUUCCUCGUUAUCACCCUCAGGAGGACUUGCAAAGAGAUUCAUUCGCCAUCAGGCUGAAUUUACAGAGACUGUCUCUUGCUGGGCAGAGCUUGGAACAAGAAAUUCUGAGUAUUUUGGGGCAGCUCCAGGAAGGAGAGACUUGUACAGUUCACGAUCUUGUACGUAAGCUUAAAACUCAAAAGAAGGAGGUCAAUCGUGUUUUGUAUAACCUCCUCAAGGAAGGCAAAUUGCACAGAAUUUUUGGGACGCCGCCGCUGUGGAGGAUUGCCAACCCAAACACGGAAAGAGAAGGAAACCCUCCUGAGCACGGGGUGAGGAACACAGACCCAGCUCCUGAGAGCUGGGAGGAGAGGAGUGCAGCUGGCGUGAGAGACCCCAAUCCCACCAUGGCUGAGACCAAGGACAAAAUCUGCAACUUCUUGUUCAGCGUGGCGGACACGACGGCCAUCAACCUUGCCAAAAAUAUCGGAUUUUCCAGGGCGAAGGAUGUGAAUUCCUUUCUCAGUGCUUUGGAGAAGCUGGGAGAUGUCCGCAAGCAGAACUCCAGCCCUCCACGAUGGUCCCUAACGAGCAGGAAGCGUGAGCGCAUGGAGAUGAGGCUGAAAGCCACUGCAGCAGCACCAGCAGAUGCUGCACCAGAGCUGGGAGUGCAGCCUCCUCCUGUGCCUCCAGCUCUGCAGGAGGUGGCUGCAGCCUCACCAGCAGCGACGACAGUGGAGCGAAGUGUGGGAGAUGCACAGCAGCCAUCAGAGCAAUGCAUUCAGAGCGAUGCUGCUGGCAAGGAAGCAGCCGUGCCCGAGGACUCCAAGCCCUUAUUUUCUGGCUUCAGCAGCUAUGAUAGCUCUGAAAACGGCAGGUGGGCUUCGGAUGAUAUCCCAGAUUAUCUGAACACUAUCACCAAGCAGCCGGAUGGGUCAGAAUCCAUCAUGCACUCCCAGUCUUCCCCCAGCUACGCUGCUCAGUUUAACAGUGUCUUCCCAUGCACGCCCGUGGAGAAGCUGCUGGCGUGCCAGGAGAAGAACCCAGUGAGUGGCCUCACCGAGUAUUCCCAGUUUACCUACCAGCACUGUGAGUUCACCAUGCUGGAGCAGAGUGGGCCCUCUCAUGAGCCACGGUUUAAGUUCCAGGCAUUGAUUAAUGGGCGCCCAUUCCCACCAGCAGAAGCAGGAAGCAAAAAACUUGCUAAACAGGAGGCAGCAGCUAAUGCCAUGAAGAUCCUGAUGCAAGAAGCAGAGAAUGGAAAUCCCGACGGACUUAACAGUGAAAUGCCAUUUGUGUCUGACAGCUCUGAGCUGGAACAGCCUUUGCAUUCAGAGCCAGAGCUGUCUCCUGCACCGGCUCAGCUGAACCUGCUCCCUGGGAAGCACCCCAUCAGCGUGCUAAUGGAGUAUGGGCAGAAGUCUGGGAACACAGUUGAAUUCCUGCUGCUGUCUCAGGAUGGCCCAUCCCACGAUCCCAGGUUCAGCUACUGUGUGAAAAUGGGUGACCAAAUUUUCCCUGCUGUGGUAGGAAACAGCAAGAAGGGAGCAAAGCAAAUGGCAGCAGAGGUUGCUGUGAAGAUUCUUUCUGGAGAAUCCGCGCCACGUGUCCCACCUGAACAGCCCGUUGUGAAGCCCCAGGGUGAACACAGCUGUGCUCUGCAGAUCACCGUUCCUGAUGAAUCCAAAGCAGUGAAAGCAAAGGGUGUUGGGGAGCUCAUCAAAUACCUCAAUGUCAACCCUGUCAGUGGCCUGCUGGAAUACGCCCGCUCCAAUGGCUUUGCUGCAGAGUUCAAACUCAUUGACCAGACAGGACCUCCCCAUGACCCAAAGUUUGUCUAUCAGGCGAAGGUUGGAGGUCGCUGGUUCCCAGCUGUAACUGCACACAGUAAGAAGCAGGGCAAGCAGGAGGCAGCUGACGCAGCGCUCCGCGUCCUGAUCGGAGAAACGGAGAAAGCAGAGCGCAUGGGAGGGAUGAGCAUCACAGAGCUCCCUGUGAGGGGCAGCACCCUCCACGACCAGAUGGCCAUGCUGAGCCACCAGCGCUUCAACACCCUGACUGCUUGCAUCCAGCACAGCCUGCUUGGGAGGAAGAUCCUGGCUGCCAUCAUCAUGCGGAAGGGAAACCAGGAUUUGGGAGUGGUGGUCAGCAUCGGGACAGGUAAUCGGUGUGUGAAAGGAGAAGAGCUGAGCUUGAAGGGGGAGACGGUGAAUGACUGCCAUGCAGAAAUCAUUUCUCGCAGAGGCUUUGUGAGGUUUCUCUAUAGUGAGCUGAUAAAGUAUGACCCCUCUAAACCUUCUCCAGAAGAAAGCAUUUUGGAGCCAGCAGGAGGGAGGAGACUCAAAAUAAAAAGCAACAUCACCUUCCACCUCUACAUCAGCACAGCACCUUGUGGAGAUGGAGCACUCUUUGAUAAGUCCUGCAGCGACCAGGCGAGCAUGGUGGGACAGACAGAGCACCAGCCCCUCUUUGAGAACCCCAAACAAGGCAAGCUGCGGACCAAGGUGGAGAAUGGGGAAGGCACCAUUCCUGUGGAGUCGAGUGACAUCGUGCCAACGUGGGAUGGGAUCCAGCACGGGGAGAGGUUGCGCACCAUGUCCUGCAGUGACAAAAUCUUACGUUGGAACGUCCUGGGCUUGCAAGGAGCACUGCUGUCACACUUCAUCGAGCCCGUGUACCUCAGCUCUGUUACUCUUGGUUACCUGUACAGCCAGGGCCACCUGACGAGAGCAAUCUGCUGCCGCAUGGUGAGAGAUGGGGAUGUGCUGCAGAAGAGGCUCCAGGCUCCGUACCGUGUUAACCACCCGGAGGUUGGACGAGUCAGCGUGUACGACUCCGCCAGGCAGACAGGCAAGACAAAGGAGUCUUCAGUGAACUGGUGCCUUGCUGAUGGAAGCAAAGUGGAAGUGUUGGAUGGCACAAAAGGGAAAGUAGAUGGACCAAAGCUGGAGGUGUCUCGCGUGUCCAAGAGGAAAACCUUUGCCCUGUUCCAGCAGUUAUGUGCCAAGACUGACUGCAAAGAGCUGCAGAAGCUCUCGGUGUACUCAGAAGCGAAGGAAGCAGCCGUGCAGUACCAGCAAGCCAAGCAGUGCUUCUUCAGUGCACUGGAGGAGAUGGGCUACGGCAGCUGGAUCUGCAAACCACAGGAGGAGGACAACUUCUCCAUCUCUGAUGCAUAACCAGAUGCCCUGGGUGGGUGUUUGGGUGAGCGUGUGCAGGAUGUAUGGGUCCAUCUUACCCCACUUUCCUUUGGAGGUGCAACCAGUAGUUGCAGCAGUUUCCUCUGUAGGCCUUUGGCUGCCUUCUCUCUCUGCUCCUGUUCCUCCCAGGCCCUUGCUUUUUCUCUUUUAAACCAUGCAUGAGAAUCAUCGUCUCGUUUUAAUUUUAAGCUAGGGCAGCCCGAGUUUGUUUGCUUUCAUAUUCUCAUCUCUGUUUGUUUGUUUUUUUUAAAAAAAGAAGGUACAAGAAGGGACCGCAGCCCUGAAACAUUUGGACCUUGUGCUGCAGCUCCCUCUGGCAGAUUUCGGGGCAGGUUCUCUCUUUGGAGAAAGCUGGCAGGGCUGUUUUAUGUCUCGUGUUCUCCCUGCUGUUUGGUGGCUGGCAGCCUGGCUGGGCUGGGACACAGACUGAGCUCUGCACAGCUGCCAGCAGUGCAUUCCGUGUUAAUAAAUUUUAGGUGUUGUUACCUGGCUCUGCUCCA